CAAGAGAACACCAGGUGGCCCUCUCCUCCAUCACUUACAUUGGCUGUGCCCUGUCCAUCUUCUGCCUGACGAUCACACUGGUCACAUUCGCUGUCUUGUCGUCUGUCAGCACCAUGCGCAACCAGCGCUAUCACAUCCAUGCCAACCUGUCCUUUGCUGUCUUGGUGGCUCAGAUCCUGCUGCUCACCAGCUUUCAGUUCAGCCCUGGGACGGUGCCGUGCAAGAUCUUGGCCAUUCUCCUUCAUUUUUUCUUCCUGAGUGCUUUUGCAUGGAUGCUGGUGGAAGGAUUUCAUCUUUACAGCAUGGUCAUCAAAGUAUUUGGGUCAGAAGAGAGCAAGCUCUUGUACUAUUAUGGAAUUGGAUGGGGCUGCCCGCUGGUGGUUUGUGUAAUUUCCACAACAUCCUCCCUAGAGAGCUAUGGAGAAACUGGCAACUGCUGGCUCUCGCUGGAGAAUGGAGCAAUCUGGGCUUUUGUGGCACCGGCGCUGUUUGUAAUCCUGGUCAAUAUUGGCAUUCUCAUUGCGGUCACAAGAGUUAUCUCAAGAAUCAGUGCAGACAACUAUAAGGUCCACGGAGACGCCAAUGCCUUCAAGUGACCAUUACAGAAAUGGGUCCUCAGAAGGAAUUUAAAAUGAAAAGUGUCUAAAUAGCCGUCCAAAUCAGAUCUUUGAGGGCAUUUAUACCCUGAUUCAGCAUAGCAGUGAGGCAUGGUGAAUUAGAGUUUCAUGUACAGGGGAUGCAA